AUGCGGCCACAGCUCCGCUCCUGGUGCCUUCAGGCCCUGUGCAUCAGUCCCCAGGAACUGAUGGCCAGGGUGGGCAUGGAGAGUGGGCAGCGAGUGAGCGGCGCGGGCAAGGACAUCGACAGGGUGGGCUCCAGCUUCCCAGAGGCCAGCACCAACAGACAGGGAAGAGUGUCAUGUUUGCAGAGAGGAAUUCCAGCAACGUGGACCAAGGCUAUGGAUGCUUAA